AUGUUCUCUUUGCCUCCUUCGUUUUCAUCGGACCCACAUGCUCAUCAACAACAAAAUACUGAAAGCCCCAAUUUCAUGACGAGUAUGGUAGAGCGAGAAUGGUUUGAUCUCUGCUCUCAAAUUGGUAUUCGUGAAUUUUCAACCAUUUCCAAAUGGUGGCAAUACAUUCGGAAUGAAUAUGAUCAGCCUAACUCUCGUUUCUAUCAUACGACCACACAUUUAUUUCAUUUACUCACCCAAUGCAGAGAUUUGUUUGAAAAAGAUUCCCGAUUUGGUGGCUCCAAACUAUUAUCCAUGACAGAUUUCAUCAUUAUACGACUUGCAAUUUUCUUUCAUGAUGUUAUUUAUGAUUCCACUCGAAAAGAUAACGAAGAAGCGAGCGCUCGUGUUUUCAUGAAAUUUGUAAACGAAGCAAAACCAGAAAUGUUGAGAAACGAGGACGUGAAGCGAGUGGGCAUGUUUAUUGAAUGCACGGCCAACCAUUUAUCUCACAAAGAUAAGAAGGAUCAAUUGCUGUUUGCUUUUUUAGAUUUUGAUUUGGCUGUGUUGGCAAUGAAUACACCAAAAGAAGAAAUUCAGUUUUUCAAAGACAUUCUGGUCGAAUGGAGAAAUAAGGAAGAAUUUUUGCAGAGUAGUUAUAUGAAACAUUAUGUUGAAAAUGUGAGAAAAGAAUAUGGUCAUUUAAGUGACCAAGAAUUUGCAAAAGGACGAAGUGCAUUCAUUCGAAAAAUGUUGGAAAAUCCUGACCAACUCUUCUACACCUCAGAAGCAAAAGAAAAAUUAGAGAAACAAGCUCUUGUGAAUCUCAACAUGGAGCUCUCUCUGUAUACAGAGCAAGAAGAAGAAGAAGCGAUGAUUGCAUCUGUACCUUCCAACUCUGAAUAA